AUGUUGACAAAAGCUGUUUUUGAACAGACUUGGUGUCAAACCAAUACAAGCACUUCUAUAAACUUCAAUGCAACACUAAGCACCACAACACUCAGCACCACAACGCUCAGCACCACAACGCUCAGCACCACAACGCUCAGCACCGCAACGCUCAGCACCACAACGCUCAGCACCACAACACUCAGCACCGCAACACUCAGCACCGCAACGCUCAGCACCACAACGCUCAGCACCGCAACACUCAGCACCGCAACACUCAGCACCUCAACACUACAGUCUACAAGCCAGAAACCCACCACUACAGCACGCCAGAGCACAACAGUGUCCAAACCCAAUCUGGUGUGUGAAAACAAGGGUACCUUACAAAACGGGAUCUGCCUCUGCCCAGAUGAUUGGACUGGAACCACAUGCAGCAUCUCUGGAAUCCCCGAGGCUUCGGCCCUCUGCAAUAUUUCUACUCACUUAUUUGGUCCUCCAAACAUUAUUUCGGGAGCUACUGCUGACCAAGUUUUCGAGUUAGCCUCCAGUACCCAGAUCCUCACAUCCAUACCAGAACGGUUGACAGCCAACAACAUCACAAAUGCUGCUAAAAUAACCAGCAUACUGCUCUCUCAUCCACAAAGCGUGGUCGAUUCCACACUAUCCCUCAACAACUUUGCAUGUGUGUUUUGGAAUUACGAUACAAAUGACUGGAACACAGAAGGCUGCACCAAAACAAAUAACCCCUCGGGUCGUGCAGUAUGCAACUGUAAACCGAACACACUUAAAAAUACAAAUUUUGCCAUUCUGAUGGCAUUUGAUAUCAACUACCAGUAUUCUGAAGCCUUGCAUUGGAUCAGCAUCACUGGCUGUGCUCUUUCUAUAGUGGGUCUGUUUGUCACAGCUGUGUACCAAAUCAUAACCAGGAAGUCAAGAGGAGGCAGUCCUACUCUGCUAAUCGUGAACAUCUGCAUAAGCAUGACGGUUUUCUACCUUUUCUUCAUCUUCGGCAUAAACAACCCUGUCCAACAUCUGAAUGUGGCAAAGUUGUCCGAUCAGAACACGGUUCCUGAUUCAGACCAGCACAAGUACCCAGAUGAGGGUCCCUGUACGGCAUUUACAGCUCUGCUUCACUACUUCCUGUUGGCCACGUUCACUUGGAACACACUAUCACGGAAAACUCCUCUAAAGAAGAAGAUUUUGAGUAGUUUCUCUCUGGCAGUGAUGCUCGGCCUGUCCUGGGUCAUUGGCUACAUUUUGCUCAUCACCCAUGAAACAACUCUCAAAUUUAUUCUGAGUGUGGUUUUCUGUCUCUUCAACACAACACAGGGUGUUCAAAUAUUCAUUUUAUUCUCUCUGAGGCCAAUAAUAAACGCAAACCCAGCUUUUAUGGACAGUCUGCGUAUAUCAAACGUGGGCUUUCACAGGAAAACUUUUGCUUUAUGGAAAAAUAAGAUACCAGAAAGCAAUGAAAGCUACAAAUCCAAUGAUUCUGAAUUGGCCUGACGAGCCAUCAAAGGUAAUAACUAAAAGAUUAUUAUUUUGAGACU